AUGGGCUCGACAUUUACCAACCUAUCGUUCGUCCUCAAAGAGCCCAAGUCUAUAGAAUUCGCCGAACGACCGAUUCCGACCAUUAGUUCACCUCACGAUGUACUCGUCGCCAUUUCUUAUACCGGAAUCUGCGGAUCCGACGUGCAUUACUGGCAACACGGAGCCAUUGGCCACUACGUAGUCAAGGACCCCAUGGUGCUAGGCCAUGAAUCCUCGGCCGUGGUUGCGCAAGUGGGUGAUCAAGUCACGUCGCUAAAAGUCGGAGAUCGAGUGGCCUUGGAGCCCGGAUAUCCGUGCCGGCGAUGCGUGCAGUGUCUGGGCGGUCACUACAAUCUCUGCCCGGAUAUGCGCUUUGCUGCGACACCGCCGUACGAUGGAACAUUGACGGGAUUCUGGACGGCACCGUCAGACUUUUGCUACAAACUGCCGGAUAACGUGUCCCUGAAAGAAGGGGCCAUGAUUGAGCCGCUUGCAGUAGCUGUUCAUAUCGUUCGGCAGGCUCAAAUCUCACCAGGCCAUUCGGUGGUGGUGAUGGGAGCAGGACCGGUAGGCUUGCUGUGUGCGGCCGUGGCCCGGGCCUUUGGAGCUGAUAUCGUCUGCUCUGUCGAUGUAGUGGACUCUAAGCUCAAGGUUGCCAAGCGUUUGGCUGCUACUCAUACCUAUUCUGCCAAAAGCGUGCCUCCAGAAGAAAAUGCAAACAACUUGAAAGACCUGCUUGGUCUUACUGGCGGGGUGGAUGUUGUGAUUGACGCGUCGGGGGCGGCAUCCUCCAUCCAAACAUCUCUGCAUGUCGUCCGUCCGGGCGGUACAUUUGUCCAGGGUGGCAUGGGUAGAAGUGAUAUCGAGUUUCCCAUCAUGGCCUUGUGCCAGAAAGAAGUCACGGCAAGAGGGUCGUUCCGAUAUGGUAGUGGGGAUUAUCGGUUGGCGAUCGACUUGGUCGGAAGCGGCAAAGUGGAUGUAAAGAGCUUGAUUACAAUGGUUGUGCCUUUCCUGGAAGCAGAACAGGCUUUUGAGAAAGUUGCGUCGGGUCAGGUCGUAAAGAUUUUAAUCGCGGGUCCGAACCAGCACUCUGCGUAA